AUGCAGCUCCACAGUCAGUCCAUACGCCGGCUGACACCCCGGCGCGAGCUGGCUCCUGGUCGGGCUGGCAUCGUGCUGAUGGACGCAUUGUGUUUGAACUGCCGCCGACUUUUGACCCUCUGCGGUGUCCUGCGUCGAGUUGCGUGUCCCCGAUACGAUUUGCUUCCCCGAGCCAAAGUGCACUGUUCGGUGAGGACAUACCAGGCAGACCGCUACCGACUGUUUCGCCACACCGACGCUCCAACUCUGCGAACAGACCUAACAAUCACAGCAAGCAAUCGACGCCUACGAACCAGGACAUGAACAAUCUUUCAUGCGUCCCUUGCAAUGUGAAUUGUAACUCGGUCGACACGUUGAGUUGCCAUGUUGCUAGUGCAAAGCACAAGCGCAGACAGGCGCUCUUCGAAGCUUCCCAGCCUACGAAUGCGGGUACGGGGACGCCGAGCAAGAGCAAGGUGAAUAGAGUAUUUUUUAAGUGUGAUGUAUGCAAUGUUUCGUGCUCCGGUUUGGAGAAUUUCGAGUCGCACCUUCGAGGCAAGCUGCACUCCAAAAGGGUUCGUGCGACUGCAUCGCAUGCGAAAACCGCCGACAAUGGGAAUUAAGUAACGAAUAGAAAGACAUGGCAAGAGCAAGGAUCCACCCUAACUCCCACGACGGGAGCCAUGUACAUUCGACUUUAUAUUGAGCGUAAGGAGCUGAAAGCAACAAGGACAAGUUUGAUGCUGAUGCGGCUGCCCUGUUGUUGUCUAGUGCGGGAUGGCAAUGUAGUGCAGCGAGUCUGCAUUGGUCUGCCCGUUCGGGACUAUAAUAGUUUCCGACUGUACGUGACUAGUGGGAUGGAAGUUAGACUGAAGCUUUGUUCUUGUCAAAGUCCGUACUGUACGUUUUAGAGCCCUUUAGAUACAUGUUAGUAAAGAAUAUAGGCGUAUUUUGAGGCAGUGGAGAUAA